UAUGCUUCGAGCUCAUACAACAGCUCAUGAUGCAUCUUUAUUAAAAGCUGGUGAAAGAAAUUUUAUAAACAUAGGAGAUGUCUAUAGAAGAGAUGAAAUCGACUCAACACACUAUCCAGUUUUCCAUCAGUUAGAUUGUGUGAGGUCCUUCUCAUCGAAUAAUUUACAAAUGCCAAUUUUUGAAAAUGGUGAAAAAACCGAAUUGAAACAAAAUGUUCACACGCUUGAAGCUGCCAAAUUUGUAGAAAAGGAUAUGAAGAGCGUUUUAGAAGGAGUUUCUAAAGCUCUCUUUGGAAAGGACGUCCAAUUUCGUUGGGUGCAAGAAGAUGUAUAUUUUCCAUUCACACAUCCUUCCUGGGAACUUGAAGUACUUUAUAAUGAUUCGUGGUUAGAAUUACUUGGGUGCGGGAUAUUGCAGCACGAAAUCGUGCAAAAAGCCGGAGCAGACGAAAAUAUUUGCUGGGCAUUUGGAGUAGGCUUGGAGAGAUUAGCCAUGAAAUUGUACGACAUUCCAGACAUUAGACUAUUUUGGAGUAAAGAUCCUGGAUUUUUAACUCAGUUCGAAAUUGAUUAUCAUCAAGACGUUAAAUAUAAACCUGUUAGUGUCUAUCCAGCAUCUGAUAAGGACAUGUCUAUGUGGUUAAGUCAAGAAAAAUCUCAUCAUCCCAAUGAUUUCUAUGACAUUGUAAGAUCAGUCGGAGGAGAUGUAAUUGAAAGGGUAUCGUUAGUGGACGAAUAUACAGCGAAAGACGGAAGAACAAGUCAUUGUUAUAGAAUUACAGAAUGCGUCUCCAUUCAUAUUGGUCAGGCUGGUGUUCAGAUGGGAAAUUCAUGUUGGGAAUUGUACUGUUUGGAACAUGGAAUUCAACCCGAUGGUAAAAUGCCAAAUGAUACCUCGCCAGGAUCCGAGCAAGACUCUUUUAAUACUUUUUUCCAUGAAACGAAAUCUGGUCAACAUGUUCCUCGGGCUGUUUUCGUUGAUCUUGAGCCUUCCGUAAUAGAUCAAAUUCGAACUGGUAAGUACAAAAAUCUGUUCCAUCCUGAGCAAAUGUUGAAUGGAAAAGAGGAUGCGGCUAAUAAUUAUGCACGUGGCCACUAUACUGUCGGAAAGGAAAUUGUCGAUAGUGUUCUAGAACGCAUUACUAAAUUAGCUGAACAAUGUGAAGGACUACAAGGUUUUCUUAUCUUCCAUAGUUUUGGAGGAGGUACUGGUUCAGCCUUGUCGAUCUAUUGGCGUCUCUCUUGUUUAAAAUUCUGUGUAAUGAAACGCCAACUGACCGACAGUAUACUGACUACGCACACUACGUUAGAACAUUCCGAUUGCUCUUUUAUGGUUGACAACGAGGCUAUUUACGAUAUCUGCCGUAAUAACUUAAAUAUUCAACGACCAUCUUAUGACAAUUUAAAUCGCUUAAUAAGUCAAGUAGUCUCCUCCAUCACCGCUUCCUUAAGAUUUGAAGGAUCUUUGAAUGUUGACUUGAACGAGUUUCAAACUAAUUUGGUUCCCUACCCACGUAUCCAUUUUCCCCUUGCUACGUAUGCUCCUCUUAUUUCUGAAAGUAAAGCCCAUCAUGAAACUCAUUCAGUUUAUGAGAUAACCAACUCUUGUUUCGAACCCUCCAGUCAGAUGGUUAAAUGUGACCCAAGGAGCGGAAAGUAUAUGGCUUGCUGCCUCUUGUACAGAGGAGAUAUAGUUCCUAAGGAUGUAAAUGUUGCGAUAUCGAAAAUUAAAACUAAAAGAACUAUACAAUUUGUCGAUUGGUGUCCUACAGGAUUCAAAGUUGGCAUAAACCACCAAGCUAUGACUGUUGUUCCCGGAGAUGACUUGGCAUCAGUUCCAAGAGCAGUUUGUAUGCUGUCAAACACAACAGCCAUUGCUGAAGCUUGGGCAAGACUUGAUCAUAAGUUUGAUUUGAUGUUCUCCAAGCGGGCUUUUGUUCACUGGUACGUCGGCGAAGGUAUGGAAGAAGGCGAAUUCUCUGAAGCUCGUGAAGAUCUAGCUGCUUUAGAAAAGGAUUAUGAAGAAGUUGCUGCUGACUCCGUUGUCGAUGAUGAUCAAGAUGAAGAUGUUUAUUAG